AUGUUCAUCUUCAGUUAUCAUGCAAGGCAUUACCUGCUUACCUGGUUGUUUGCAGCCCGCAAACCAAUAAAAACCCCCAGCUGUGAUGGACCUCAUCUUUCCGCGUGGGGAAAAAUCGAGAACAGCGCGCGGCAAGAUGCAGUCACGCACGUAGUUCCGGUUGUUGGACGCACGAGCAAACCACCUACACCACCCUGCAGUUUGCAGCUUGCUAAAGAACGAUCCAAAGAUCAAUUGCGCGCUUCGUUCUUUCUUUCUCUCGUUCCCCAGUUUGUUCUUUUCCGGAGGAGAGGAUUCCGUCACCCUGCAUUUCUUGGUAACCAAUCCUGGGUUGUUGGGCACCUCGAAACCAGGUCCCAUCAAUUCGCACCCCGUCUUCGUAGAACACUAUGGACCUCCAAAAGCAAAAUGUCUCGGUCCGAAUAUCAAAUUCAAAGAUGCUCGAGCCUCAAGGGGCCCCGGCGGCGCCUCCCCGAACCCGACAGCCCAAGUUCCGGGUUGAAGUCUUUCCUUCUCGGUGAGACAAGAAAGAAAGAGAAACCCCACCCCUUCUUUCCCCCGUGGAACAAGGGCCCUCUUCACCGCAUCGUGUCCACGGACCAUCCAACUCCCGCGUGGUUGACGUCCCCGGGGGCGGCGGCAGAGCCAAAGCGUUACGAUGCAAAGCCGACAAGGCCGUUCCGGUUUCCCACCCUUUCACUCCUCGCAUUCCCCUCCCAGUCAGACGGCCUGCGUUCGGAUUCUGUUCGUUGGCUGCCAAACCACACUCGACCAAUUCGUGAUCGUCCGGCGCUGUCACAUCGGAAACGAGGUUUGAUUGGCCGCCAACCGCACUUUAUUGUUUCAAGACAGGGUCGGUGUGAGCCAUAUGAUUGGCUCGUUUCCUCCAUUCUCAAACCGACACCCAGUUGGUCUGGGAAGUCACUUGUAAUUGUGAAGGUGUGCUAUAUGACGAAGGUGAACAACGGCCGUCGUCUGUGA